UUGGAUAAAAUGGGAUGUGCGGUUACCACCAUAGGUUACCACCCUUGACUAUCAGAGUCUAAUCGGAUGCGUGUUUACGGCACAUACUGUAUCAUGCCAGUGCUCAGUGAGUUGUGUCAUUCAGUGUUUGUGGUGGCCAACCAUCACACCAUGUUCCUCAAAUUAGACUUUUGUCUGUGUUUGCCUCGAGCUGUCAUCCUUUUCUGAGACUUGUCUGGCGUUUCCACAAGUCAUAUGUUUACAGUGUUUUCGACUAAAGCACCAGCAAUCGGACAUCGAAGGAUUUACCUCUGUAGCUUUAUGAAAAAUGAAAACUUGCAGCAAGUCCCCUGCAAUGCUCCUGAUUUACAUCAUCUUACUCCCAGUUGUUGAACUCAAAGUGCAGCCUGAAGUGACGGGAUACCUCGGAGAGGAGGUCACCCUGCGAUGCCAAUUCAUCCCGGGACCAGAAGACCAAAUCUCUCAGUUUCAGUGGGAGCUGAAGGCACCAGAAGGAGAUAAAAUCCUCAUCAUUGUUUCUAAUGCUAUCUCAGGAGUUAAUACACCAGAAACUUUUCUGAAGGGGAGAGUGAAGAUUGCAGAUCAAUCUUUGAUAAUUGAAGAUGUUGAAAUGAGAGAUGCAGGGUCGUACACCUGCAGCGUUACAACUUAUCCCAGCGGUGCCUUUGAAGAAACCACCAAACUUGUUGUUAAAGAACAGAAGCCACUGUCUGCAGGGACGGUGUCUGCUAUAGUGAUCGCCGUCAUGCUGCUGUUAGGCAUCGUGGCUGCCAUUAUCUACCUCUUCAUCAGAAAAAGUGAUCCGAAGGUCAGACACUGUGUCUACAUUGAUACAGACGGUCCGGUGAUGGAUGUUUCGCGGCAAUCUGUUCUCAAAAGAGACGAGGAUGUGGUGUACUCUGACGUCAGGCUGAAAACAUCCAGAGAUGCUCCGCCCGACGAGAAACACACGGUGGGCGACGUCACGUACGCCGUAGUUGUGCGCCAUCAGCUCCAAUGAACACGAGAUGGAUGUCUUUCUUUUACUUGCAAUAAUCUGAAAGCUUCUGGAUACGAGUUGUAUUUAUAUAUUUAUAUCAGCUUCUAAAGUAAAACCUGCUCCAUGGCUUCAAAUCAUCCUCUCACUUUCCACUUUAGCCUCAAAGCAGGCGAUUUAGUUUAAAGGAAAUGUAGUACGUUUUUCUCUGAUAGGAACCUUUUUUAUAUGUGGAGGUAUUAAGUGAAGAAAAGAUCAGUAUUUUAAAGUAGCCGGGGUUGUAUCAUUUACCCGACACUAGCGAAACAUUACCAUCUUUUGUAGUUCACAUAGCUUUUAAAGUAGAAUAAAUAAACUCUGUUACAAGCUACACAUCAUAUGAAGAAAGACAAAUAUCCUUCACAGAAGUGCCUUGUUACCACAUUUCCAUCAAAAUCUGACAUUUUCCUUCAGUUACGUCUGUCUUGGCCCUGUACCAGAGUUAACCGUGCUCUUAAAGAGGCCCUAUGCUUUUUGGGGUUUCCCCUGUCCUGUAGCGUGUUAUAAAGUGUGCAUGUGAAUGGUCUGCAGAGCCUAAAAUCCCUUUCUCUCCAACACACUGCCUGAAACUUUCUCCAUUGGACUCCUUUGUUUACUUCAGUGACAUCACCAUGUAACAGUUGCAUACCGAUUAGCUUACGCACCAGCACAUUGUACGUGAUAAACUAAGGGGCGGGACAAUAUCUAAGCAGUUGACCAAACACAACAG